GAACGAAAAGUAACCUGCAAACAUCCAGUGACAGGACAGCCAUCACAGGACAACUGUAUUUUUGUUGUGAAUGAACAGACUGCUGCAGCAAUGACAUCUGAAGAAAAGAAGGAGCGACCAGUAAGCAUGCUAUGUGAAGCAACUAACUAUAAUCUGUCAUCAGAUUAUGCUGCUCAUCCGAUGAGCCCUGUGGGCAGAACAUCACGAUCUUCAAAGAAGGUUCAUAAUUUCGGAAAGAGGUCAAACUCAAUAAAGAGAAAUCCUAAUGCACCAGUUGUCAGACGUGGCUGGCUCUACAAACAGGAUAGUACUGGAAUGAAGUUGUGGAAGAAGCGAUGGUUUGUGCUCUCAGAUCUGUGCCUCUUCUAUUACAGAGAUGAGAAAGAAGAAGGAAUACUAGGUAGCAUACUUCUGCCUAGCUUUCAGAUAUCAGUUCUUUCUCCCGAGGACCAUAUUAACCGCAAAUACGCCUUUAAGGCAGCUCAUCCAAACAUGAGGACCUAUUAUUUCUGCACAGAUACAGGGAAGGAAAUGGAGUUGUGGAUGAAAGCCAUGACAGAUGCAGCACUUGUGCAGACAGAGCCCGUGAAAAGAAUAGAGAAGCUAACAACUGAAAAUACACCACCUCGAGAGGCAAAUAAUAUUUCAAACCAUCGGGUGCUAAUUAAGCCAGAGGCACAAAAUAACCAGAAAAACAAAGAAGUGAACAGAAGUGAGGAGAAGAAAGCUUUGGAAGCCGAAAAAUACGGAUUCCAGAAAGUUGGGCAUGAUAAACCGUUAACAAAAAUUAACAGUGUAAAGCUAAAUCCUUUGGGAUCGGAGUACAGGACUUUACCCAUAACCACGAUUCAGGCUGGACACUACAGACCGGUUCAUUUGAACGGGUCUGAGAAUAAAGCAGUUGGUGUUGUCCUGGCAGACACUGGGGAUGGAGCUCAGCACAAUGCCAUUCAGUCACAUAUGGAGUCUGAGCGAGUUAUGCAGAGAACUAAUUCGAUGCUGCAGUUGGAACAGUGGAUUAAAAUACAAAGAGGAAAAGGACAAGAAGAGGAAGCAAGAGGCAUAAUCUCAUACCAGACGUUACCAAGAAACAUGCCAAGCCAUCGACCUCAAGUUUUACCCCGGUACCCAGAAGGCUACAGAACACUGCCAAGAAACAGCAAAGCCCGGCCGGAGAGCCUCUGCAGCGUCACGCCGUCGGCGUACGACAGAGCCAUAGGACCGGUCACAGCCGAAGAGAAGCGGAGGUCGAUGCGCGAUGACACGAUGUGGCAGCUCUAUGAAUGGCAGCAGCGUCAGUUUUACAAUAAGCAGUCAACUCUUACUAGACACGGUACUUUAAGUAGCCCAAAAACUAUGAUUAAUAUUUCUGAUCAGACCAUGCAUUCGAUUCCCACCUCACCUUCUCAUGGUUCAAUUGCUGGUUUCCAAGGAUAUUCCCCGCAACGGACCUACAGAUCAGAAGUAUCUUCACCAGUGCAAAGGGGAGACGUAACUAUUGAUCGCAGACACAGGACGCAUCAUACUAAGCAUGUGUUUGUGCCUGACAGAAGGUCAAUGCCAGCAGGUCUGAGUUUACAGCCUGUUACUCCUCAGAGCCUCCAAGGCAAAACAUUAACACAAGAAGAAUGUAGGGGUACACUAUACAAAUAUAGAACUGAAGAGCUGGAUAUUGAUGCUAAGCUUAGCCGUUUAUGUGAACAAGAUAAAGUUGUACAAGCACUGGAAGAGAAGCUUCAACAGCUACACAAGGAGAAAUACACGCUUGAGCAAGCUUUGCUAUCAGCAAGUCAGGAGAUCGAAAUGAAUGCAGAUAAUCCCGCAGCCAUACAAAACGUAGUCUUGCAGAGAGACGACUUGCAGAACGGACUACUUAGCACUUGUCGAGAAGUAUCGCGAGCUACUGCAGAACUGGAAAGAGCUUGGAGAGAAUAUGAUAAAUUGGAGUAUGAUGUAACUGUAACAAGGAACCAUAUGCAGGAGCAACUCGAUCGGCUGGGAGAAAUUCAGACUGAGUCAGCAGGGAUACAGCGUGCUCAGAUUCAGAAGGAACUGUGGAGAAUUCAAGAUGUCAUGGAGGGUUUAAGUAAACAUAAACAGCAGAGAAGCUCUUCAGAAGCAGGCAUCAUGGGAUCAAGGACAUUUUCAGCUAUUAAAUAUAAAAAUGAGGGUCCUGACUAUAGGCUUUAUAAGAGCGAACCGGAGUUAACUACAGUAGCAGAAGUGGAUGAGUCUAAUGGUGAAGAAAAAAUGGAGCAAACUUCAGAAUCGGAAUCUACAGCUAAAGGCUCACAUUUUCCUGUGGGAGUUGUACCACCCAGAACCAAAUCACCAACGCCAGAGUCUUCAACAAUAGCAUCCUAUGUCACUUUGAGGAAGAACAAGAAGAUAGAUCUAAGAACGGAAAGACCAAGAAGUGCAGUGGAGCAGCUGUGUCUUGCAGAAAGCACACGGCCUCGAAUGACUGUGGAGGAACAGAUGGAAAGAAUAAAGAGACACCAACAAGCUUGCCUGCGAGAGAAGAGGAAAGGACUCAAUAUUAUUGGCGUUUCAGAGCAGUCUCCUUCACAGGGUCUGUCCUUUGUCAGAGAUAAUCCAUUCAAAUUGGCACAGAAUCGAAAAAAGGAUGAUACUGUAUCUAGUAACAUGAAGGAAUUGGAGACCACCAGUAAAGAAAAUAAUUUGGAACAAAACAAUGGAAGUCCUGGAGAAGAAACAGCACAACUAAAAUAUGAUGGAGAACAAGAACGUAAUUCUGGUUUUACUAAAGAGCUGACAAAAACUGAUGCUCUUUUAUCAGAUGCACAUGUUGUAUCUGACUCAAAAGAAUUGAGUAAUGAAGAGAGAGCAGAAAAGGAAAAGAGAAAUAAAUUGGAAGAAACACAUGAUGGUGACAUAAGCUUGAGGAGUGUGACCACGGUUACAAACCACAAAUCCAAAACCAGCUCAGAAGAAAGUGAAGUAGUUAGUGUUCAAGAGCAAGAAGGGAUUAUGUCUUCGUUUGAAUUAGCACAGUCUUCAAAAGGAACUCAGGCAACAGCAGUGAAAAGCUUGCCUUCUUCACCAGAAUCGUCCCUGUCACCAGCUCCAUCUACACAGACACAGCUCACAGAAGGAUCACAUUUCAUGUGUGUAUAGUUACAGAGAACACUAAUGGCUUCUGUUGAAACAAUUCAUGCCUGAGAUGUAUGGACCUGACCUAUGAAAAUAUGAGAAGAUAUUGUACAGUAUAUUUUAAAUCUAUGAAAUUCAUAGUUCUGAUGCUUUUGGCCACAGAGCAUCAUUUUAUCACUUCCUGGAAAAUGUGUAUUCCAAGAGAGCUUUAAACGGCCCACGUGUACACUCAACAGCCUUCAGAUUGUUCUCCUGAUACCAGCUUGCUGCUAUGAUUUCUGUGCACAUCAACUAAAGGCUCUUUUUAAUGUGCAGCCUACAGGCAGAAUUUGAUUUGAUAUCCUCCAGAAUUUAAUGUUCUUUUAAUUUUGGAUCAUAUAAGCUUACUUUUUCUGCUUCUUUUAGGUGCGUAACUCGGUUAAUUUUACAUAUCACCACUAAAACCACAUUUUACACUUUUUAAACAUUAAGAUUUGCUGUUUUAACAGUUUAUUUGUAAAAUUUUUAUAUAUAUAUAUAUACAUAUAGAUAUAUUUAAAAUGUGCCAUUUUUAUUAUUGCUUAGUAAAAUAUGUCCUGUUUCUGCUGUAAUUAUUCCUUGGUCAGGUUGCAAUGUCAGCAGUUACUGCCACACUUCUGUCAACAUAUGCAUUAAUGUUAGUGGUUACUUUUUCUUAAAUAAAAUGGAGUGUAGGUAUUUUGAGGUACUGGGCUUUUCCUUCGUUGGGUUAGGGUGUGUACAGCAAUAAGCAGGUUUUCGAUCCAGUACUUAGUUCGUGUACAAAUGUAAUUAUGUUCAUUGUGUAUAUAUUAUACAAUGAGCACAUACGAUGUAAGUAUAAGAAGCCACUUACGAUUGUUCAGAUACAAAUGUUCAUAUCCCAUUUCUUUUAUAUCAUAUUAAAUAAAUGUUGA